AUGAUGGAGCCUCUCAAAGUGCUUUUGAUUGAUGAGGAACAUCCAUCAGAUAUGCUUUGGUACAGAGCUGUAUUUCACAAGAACCGACACAUCAGGAAGGAGCUCACUUUGGCCCGGGCUGAGCUGAAGCUCUACAGACAGCUGUUGGAUGGCUCUAAAGCUGCCGAGCCCACAAUUAGGGAUGAGGUUCAUGUAAAGAUCUAUGAGACGAAACCACUGAACUCUUCUCUAUUGAUUCACACAGAGACCCUUGUUCAGACGGUCGCUGCAAGAACUGGUGAUUUGACUUUGGACAUCAGAACUGUGGUUGGUAACUGGAGUGGGAGGUCGGACGGCCACUCUCUGGUUGUGGAAGUAGAACUGGCCUUAGAAGAGGGAACUGAUCCCAAGAGGACCCCUCAGAUGGUCCUGGAGGUAGACCUUGUAGAACCUAGAUCAGCAGGCAGAAGAAGACAGACUCGCUCCAACAAAGAGGACAACUGUGACGAAGACGGUAGCUGCUGCCGAAAAUCCAUCAAUGUGUCCUUCAAGGAGAUUGGCUGGUCAGACUGGGUCGUGGCCCCCACUGGUUACAACAUGCAUUUCUUUGACGGCUCCUGUCCACACAACUACAAGCCAGCCAGCAUGCACGCGCAGGCAAAGUCUCGUCUUCACCACAUCAACAAGGGAGCAACACCUCACCCCUGUUGUGUGCCGGCAGCCUACGAGCCUGUGAUCCUCAUGCACUAUGACAGUUGGGGAAAGUUGAAGCUCACUCCCUUCAAUGACUUGAUUGUCAGCAAAUGCCACUGUACUUGA